AUGUUACUGCUACUACUGCUCCUCACAUCCACUGGUCUUGGCCAUGCUGUGAAAGUCACAGGGCAGGAGAAGACAGAUGGAUCCUGUCUCUGUGAGGUGAACACCAAUACAUGGGCCUUCCCUACACAAAAAUUUGAAAAGGUGGACCAGCUGGUCCAGGACUGUGGUGCCAACCUGCAGAAGCUACAGAACCAGGUCACACAGACCAAUGGAGAGCUGCCAAAGAUACAAGCCAUCAUCAAGAAUGUGACAGCUCGCAUAGAACCGUUAAGGUACCUGGACACAAAAGGCAUCCAUAAUGCACUGCACCUGCGUCAGCUGAGUCAGGACCUGGAGGAGAUCAGUCAAAUGAUCAACACAGCACACAGUGAAAAUCAGAAUGCAGAAACUCAAAAACUAAAAGAGGAGGUGGUCAAAAUUCAAGAGGAGGUUAAGAAGAUGUUUAAAGAUGACACGUUCAAUCUGGAAACAACAAGAGAGAAACUUCGCUCCUUACACAACCGUGUACAGAGCUGUCGCACCAUUCCAGACGAUUUCAGGAGUCCUUGUCACCAGCGGCUUAUGUCAAACAUCAGCUCGCCAGUGACCACUAAACUGAAUCCGUUCGAUAAGUCAUACGUCUCUGGGGCCUGGGGUCGCGAAUCCAAACGAGAGAGUGAAGGCGUGUACUGGAUCCAGCCUCUGAGAUACAGUGACAUAUACGAUUACACGAUACGGUUGUAUCCGUCAUAUAAUGACUUCAUGGCGUCGAAGAACUACAAGGAUGUAAAUGUUGCUGCCGGUUACAGUUAUGCCGGCGGAAUUCAAGGUCCUGGAACGGUGUUAUAUGGGGGAGCGGUUUAUUACCAGUGUUACAACAAAGAUGAAAUAUGUCGUUAUGAUCUAGAAUCCGAAGAAACAAAUCGUUUAACGCUGCCCAACGCUGGCAUCAACAACAAGUUCCCGUAUUGUUACUACAGCUGCCGAGACUACACUGAUAUCGAUCUAUCUACAGACGAGCAAGGUUUGUGGGUGAUUUAUGCCACGGAGAGUAACCAUGGAAACAUCGUGCUAAGCCGCCUGGACACAGAAACGUUCAACAUCACUCAUACCUGGAAAACGCGUCUCUUCAAAAAGUCAGUCACCAACGCCUUCAUGGUCUGUGGGGUUCUCUAUGCCACUCGUUAUGCUGACACUUACCGCGAGGAGGUGUUUUACGCCUUCGAUACAGCAACAGGGAACGAGGACAACACUCUGUCUCUCCCCCUUGAAAAGGUGUCGGCAGGUGUGGCUAGUUUGAGGUACAACCCCAUUGACAGGAAGCUCUAUAUGUACAAUGAUGGUUAUCUACUGGCUUAUCAAGCUUUAUUCUGA